AUGGCCAACACCAACAACAACCACACGAUCUUGAACAAUAGUACCGUCAACAACUCAACCACCAUCAACAAUAAUACGACAACGUUCUAUUCAUUAGAACCAGCGAUUGUGAGUGGAAUUAACAUCACUCUCAGUAUUUCAUACAUUCUCAUAUUUGUGAUGGUCAUGUUGUUUGUGUUGAUUUUCACUUCAUUGAGUCCAGUGAGAAAGCAAAUGAAGAGUAAUCAAUUCAAAAUGAUCAUGCUUGUAUUCUUGUUGUGUAUUUUACAAUGUUGUGCUUUGGUUUCUCGAUUAUGUUAUGAUUCUUUGAAUUUGAAUAUGGUUCUUCGAUUGGAUCAUUUUGUUCAAACACAUUAUGGAAAUGAUUCAGAAAUUAUCAAUCAAUUUCAAGCCAUUUAUUCUUAUAAUAAUUCCAUUGUUUCAUUGGAACAAGCAGGAAUUGAUUUUUCAACCUAUAUUGCAAUGAGUUUCUUUGGAAGUUUGGAACCUUUGUGUGUCUUGAUGAACUCAGUGGUCAUGUUGGUAGUGAUGUGUUUUGUGGGAAAUGUAUUCUUGACCACUGUGAGAGUUUCAAGUGGAUUGGUUCAUUCAAAAACCAUUCGACGAGUGACCACUCUGGUGAAUAUCAUGACAUUGAUUUCAGCGGUGGCGUUGACACUAUUGAUUUUCACAACAUUUUUCUUUAUAUUCUUCAGUCGACUGAAUUUGAUUGGAGAGUUCUAUAUCUAUUUCCUAAUUGUUGCAUAUGUGGUGUUUGUUUUUCAAAUUCUUCUUCAACUGGUGGUGUCCAAUGCCACAGCAGCAAGUGUAUUAAAGACGAUCACAAAAUUAACUCAAUCUGAAAAUAAGGCACGCUCAAGAAGACCUAUCAUUAAGGUCAUGAUUCUUCAAGCAGGUCUUGUUUUAUGUGCUUUGUUGCAAAUCGUUGCAGUGGGAUGUGCUGUUGGACUCUAUGAAUGGAUUUAUUUGACACUCUUCUAUGCUUUUAUAAAUUCUUUUGGAAUUUUACUUUUUGCUUGUGUUUCCAUUGCACUCUAUCAUCCUAUAUUUACUGACACUGCAAAAGUAUUCAGUGAAUUGAAUCACAAGCAUUUGAAUGCUCCUUCCAUUGUGAGAGAUCAAGACUUGGGUGAUAAUGGAAGUGAGGCAAGUGGAUCGUCCCUGAGGAGAGUUCAUUCUAAUGUCCAGAUGAUGAAUACAACGGAGACUCGUACAAGUGUUUCCACUUCACAGAAGAAACAAGAAUUGGCACCGACAUCGAACACCACUUGUUCACCUCAAACACCUGGUGUUUCAUCCUUAACUGGAAAUGAAGAACAUUCAGUAAAUAUUUGCAAUGUUUGA